CAACAGUAAACGGCUAAAAUCGAGAUUCUCUCGGUUACUGCCGCCAAGAUUAUGAUUUUAAUAAAAAGGAGACCAACGAUUACAAAUAAUUAUUCUGUAUACAGAGUUUGAGUUCACUUUCUCGUCAUGUCCACUCCAAACAGAAAAAUUGGCAUCGUUGGCAGCGGUCUAAUCGGGCGAUCAUGGGCCAUGAUAUUUGCCUCUGUAGGCUACAAAGUUUUCAUCUAUGACAUCGAACCCUCCCAGAUCCAGAAUGCUUUGGCAGACAUUAAACAGCAAGUGGAAACUCUGGAGAGCAAGGGACUCUUGAGAGGGACUUUGAAUGCCCAACAACAAUACGCAUGUAUUAAAGGUACCAACAGUCUAGAAGAGGCUGUUAAAGACGCCCUUUUCGUCCAGGAAUGCGUCCCAGAAAAUAUAGAAUUGAAAAAGAAGGUGUUCAAAAGUCUAGAUGCCGUAGCCUCGCCAAAUACCAUUCUCUCAAGUUCCACCUCCACGUUUCUACCGUCUCUGUUCAGCGAAGAGAUCAAAAACAGGAAAAACGUAAUAGUUUGCCAUCCGGUAAACCCUCCGUACUACGUGCCUUUGACUGAGAUAGUUCCAGCCCCAUGGACCGACCUUGCAGUUGCCAAAAAGACGCGCGCAAUCAUGGAGGAGAUCGGACAAACCCCAGUGUCACUCUCCCGGGAAAUCCCCGGUUUCAUUGUCAACAGAAUGCAGUACGCUUUGUUGAACGAAACCUGGAACCUGGUUACCGAGGGCAUCCUGGACGUGGAGGACAUCGACAAGGUCAUGUCGGACGGCCUAGGCAUGAGAUACGCCUUCCUAGGACCCUUGGAAACCACACACUUGAACGCCGAAGGUUUCGUCAACUACUGCGAUAGAUACGCCAAUACCAUGCACGCCGUCAGCAAGGACUUCAAGCCACUGCCAAAGUUCGAGGGACCUCACGUUCUAGAGAUAGCGAAGCAGCUGGAAGCACAAGUGCCUCUGGAUAAGUUGCAAGAAAGAAGGAAUUGGAGGGAUCUGUGUCUCACUAGAUUAAGUCAGUUGAAACAAGAGUUGAACAAAUUGAAAUAAAAGAAUUUUUAGUUUCA